GUCAGAGAGAAACCACAGGUUAAUCACGUGACAUUCUCUUGUUCACUUGUCGAAAGUGAAUGGUCUGUUAUAAGAAGAUUACAUUAAAACAAUGGUGAGAAUAAAGCAAUAAGUGGAUCCAAAUCAAAGAAAAGACAACUGAGGCUGGACGAUAAAGCAGAAUGAUGGAGGCAGAGAGCUCCCACCCCUUCAGUGCUGAAGCCAAACAGCAGGCUGCAGAAAAGACAGCAGAGGGCCGUAAUAAUGAUAACCCACCUCUUCCAGAGCUGCGUAUGGUGCUACUAGGCCGCAAAGGAACUGGGAAAAGUUCUUCAGGAAACACCAUUCUUGGAAUGGCUGGAGGAUUUGAGAGUGGAAAGCCGACAGAGGAGUGUGUAAAAAGACGAGCUGACAUAGCAAGCUAUCGUGUUACAGUUGUGGAUACUCCGGGGUGGGAAUGGUACUAUUCUAACAAUGGCACUCCGGGCUGGGUGACAAGAGAAACAAUGAGAAGUGUGACAAUCUGUCCACCUGGACCCCAUGCUUUGCUUCUGGUGAUACGGUCCUCUGCCUCGGUCACAGAGGACUACUAUAGGCAGGUUGAAGAACACAUGGAACUUUUGGGCAAGACAGCGUGGACUCACACUAUGCUGCUAUUCACACGUGGGGAGGAACUAGGCUCCAUUCCCAUUGAACAAAGAAUACAAAAUGCUGGAAAAUCUCUUCAGAAGCUCCUUGAGAGGUGUGGAAACAGGUUCCAUGUGUUUGAAAACAAACGCUGUGGCAAAGAUGGUGCUCAGGUGAAAGAACUGAUAAGGAAAACAGAAAAGAUGGUAAAGGAAAGAGGAGGAAGACAUUAUGAAUGUGACCCUUUACUACUAGGGAUUGAGUUGGAGGGGAAACGGAGAGCAAGAGAAAGAAGAAAGAAACAAAGAAUAAUGGAGACUCAAGCACAAAGAGGGAUCAUAAAAGCUGUGCUGACAACUGAUAUUUCACUGCCUGAGGACCUCGAUGAAGCGAGUUUGUUCUCCAGGGGAUCUCGGCGUCUCCCAGAUCUUCGACUCAUCCUCCUUGGAGAAAGAGAGACUGGAAAAAGCUCUGCUGGGAAUACCAUCCUCAGGGGGUCUACAUUUUUCCUAACAGGCCAGGCCACAGAGGAAUGUUCAAGGCAGCAAGCAGAAAUCUCUGGAAGACUGGUAACAGUAGUGGAUGUUCCUGGAUGGGAGGGUGGUCCUGAAGGAAUCACAACAGAAAGAAUAAAGCGUGAGAUCUGUGCUAGUGUGACACUGUGUCCUCCUGGUCCCCAUGCCCUUCUGUUGACGCUGAGGGUGGAUGCCUUAGUCAGAGCUACAGCAGUAAAAGAGCACUUGGAGUUACUCGGGGAAGGAGUAUGGAGAUAUACCAUACUGCUAUUCACAAGAGGUGAUCAGCUGAGAGAGGGUGUUACUAUUGAACAACACAUCCAAGGAGGAGGGAGAGAUCUUCAUUGGCUGAUUGAGAAGUGUGGACAAAGAUAUCAUGUCAUCAGCAGCAUUGUCUUGGAAGGUGACAGCUCCAAAGCUCAGGUAACUGCACUUUUAGAAAAGAUUGAGAAAAUGGUUUCACGUAAUCGAUGUGAGGCUUUCUCACCAGUUGUGCAGGAGAUUCAGGAGCUCGGCAAGCAAAAGAACGAAAGGGUCAAUGUAAAGCUGAAAGAAGUUAACGAAAAGCUUCAGCGUCAAGAGCUGGAGCUCAAGCGAAUGAGAGAGAGGGAGAUGAAAAGCAUCAGGCGGAUUUUUGACUGGAGGAAAGAUAAAGUCAAAUCACCAGAAAAAAAAAACAGAGAAAGGGAAGAGGGAAUGGAAAGAACUGAUGAUGACAGAAAGAGCAUCAUGAGUGAGCUGGAAGAGAGGAUGGUUUGGUUAACAGAGGACAGGGAAAGAGAGAUUCAGGAGCUAAGCCUGGAAAACAGCAGACUAAUUGCAGCUCUCAAUCAGGGGUUUAGAGAGAGGAAAGAAAUUAUAAUGAAAUUAGAAGAAACAGAAAAAGAGAAUGAAGAAUUAAAAGAAAAAGUGGAUGAGCUGCAAGUUAAUGUCAUUGAGCUUAAACGUGUCAGCAUUUUAAAAGAGCAAGAAAGAAAACAUAGAGAAGAAGAGCUCAUAAAAAACCAUGAGGAUACAGAAAAUGGGCUGAAAGGGCAAUUGGAUCACAAAAAGAAGGAUGAAGAGGAGAUAAGAAGAACAAAUAAGGAGAUGCAGAAGAUGAUGGCAGAUUUAAAACAAAAAUAUGAAGAUGUUUUAAAUGAAAAUCAAGAGCAGGAGAGACGGCUAAUAGAGAAAAAUGAACUUGAGAAAAUUCUUGAAGAGAAAGAGAAAGAGAUGGAAGUAAUUAAACUGAAAACUGAAAAUAAAGUAAGAGAGCAAGAGGAAAGAUUGAGAGAAAUGAAUGAAAAGAGGGAAACAGAGAAUACUAAACUUAUUGAAAUGAUAGAGCUGAUGACAAAAGAAAUGGAAGAGCUGCAAGUUGCUUAUAGAGAAGAAGUGAAAGCUUCUAAAGCUGUGAGACAAAUACAUGAAAAUGCUGUAUUUAAUUUAUCUAAACUUGCAGAGAAACUUGAGGGAAAAGAUGCAGAAGUUGAACAGGAGAUGGCUAAAAAUGUUGAAAUCCAAAAUAAACUGAUAGAGAAGGAUGCAGAAAUCAGUGACUUGGUUAAAAAACUCAUAGACAAAGAGCAGGAGAUUGAAACACUGAAACAAACUAUUGAUGCUGAACAUAGAACCAUGGAAAAUGUGCAAAAUGAUAGUAAAGCAAAAAUGGCUGAAUACACUUCCAGGAUAAAAUAUUGGGAGAAUGAGUACAAAGAGAUGGAGGAGUUCUUAAAAAGAGAAAAUGUGUUUAUAAAAGAGGAACUAGAGGUAAUGAAGAAUCUAAAUGAGGAGAACGCUAGAAAAAAAGAUGACGACACAAGGAAGAUCUUAGAGGUGAAGGAGAACACUAUUAACCAUCUGAGACAACAGAAUGAAGAGAAUGGUGCCCACACAGAAGAAUUAAAAAAGCAGCUAAAUGAAGUCCAGGUAAAGGUGAAGAAUCUAAAAAGUCAGAAUGCAGCACUCAUUCAGGAGUUAGAUGAAAUUCACAUAAAAUGUGAGGACUAUAAAAGGAACCUGGAGUCCCAGAUAAUAAAAAAUGAGAGCAGAGAGAAAGAUAUUAAAGAAAUACUCAACCAAUCUGAAGAAAUGGGAAAAAUCAAAGAUGCACUGAACCAAGAGAUCAUUGAAAAGAUGGAACAUGAGAUUUGUUUGUUGAAACAGAAAAAUCAAACACAACAAAUGGAACUGGAGGUUAUGAGUGAAAUGAAAAAAGAGCUGGAGAAGAACACUGAAGAGAUGAAAAAAUACUAUGAGGAGAGACUUUCGGAAAGGAUUGCGGAAAUGGACAUUAAAGAUGCAGAGUGGGAAAAAAGACUUCACAACAGAGAGCUGGAGCUUUGCAAAAGAGAGCAAAUCUUAGGUAAAAAUAUGCAAGAGUUUGAAAGAGGAAAAAAAGAACUAACAGAUGAAAAACAGCAGCUGGAUAUAAGAGAACAUGAAGUUAGUGAAAAGGAAAACAAACUGAAAUGCCAGUGCCAAAACAACCAGAUACUCCAAGAAAACUUAGAGAGAAGAGAAAAGGAGCUGACAGAAAGAAAAAUGGAACUUGAAAGCAAGCACAAAGAACUGAGGGAUUUAUCUGAAAAGCAGGAAGUGGAAAGAAAAAAUAUCAAGAAACAACUGGAAGAGAAAGAACUUUUCUUGAAAAAAAUGGAAGAGGAACUUGUAGUAAAACAAACUGAUCAAGAACAAGAAUUGAAAUGCCACAGAGAGAAUUUAGACAUCCAAGAUAAGGAAUUCACCAUAAGAGAGCAACAGUUAAUUGAAUCAGAGCAGUUAUAUGACUUCAAGAUGGAGAAACUGGCAAAAUGCAUGCAGGAACUGGAGCACAACAAGCAGGAUUUCGAAACAUGGCAAGCAGAACUAACUAUAAAGGAAAAUAGUCUGAUGCAAAGAUCAACUGAAUUUCAGAAAAAAGAAGAGGAACUUUUACAGAGAGAAAAUGAACUUCAAAUUAAAACCCAAGACCUGUUAGAAACAAAUAAAGAGAUUGAAGCACGUGAACAGGAGUUUUUGAAAAAGCAAGAAAUACUGGCAGCUGCAACUGAUCAAAUGAAAAAUGAAUCAGAGACCAUCAAAGAUUCAUUACGAAUAAGGGAGCAAGAACUGAAGAAUUUGGAGGAUUUGCUUUAUAAAAAAGAGCAAGAAUUUAAAGAUAGAGUAAAAGACUUGGAUAUGAAGGAAAAACAAAUUGCGAAAAAAUAUGCAGAGUACAAGGCUGCAGAGAAAACACUGGAAAGUAAGCAAAAAGCACAAAGAGAUUUUUCUGAAAAACAGGAAAACGAACAUGAGAACAUUAGACAACACCUUGAAGAGAACAAAAAAGAACUGAUAAAAAUGCAAGAUGAACUUUUGGUAAAACAAAGUAAUCUUCAAAAAGAAAAGAAAGACUUUGAGAAUCUCAGAGAGAAUCUUGACAACAGGGAAAAGGAAAUUAAGAAAAUAGAGCAAGAGCUCCUGAAUUCAGAAAAGUUGUGUGAAGUCAAGGCACAGGAUCUGGAGAAAAGCAAACAAAAUAAUGAGAAAUGGCAAACUGAAUUGACUAAUAAUGAAUAUGAUUUGGUUCAGCAGUUAAAUGAGCUUUAUAAAAAAGAACAGGAGCUUACACAAAGAGAAAAUAACCUUCAACUAAAAAGUCAAGAGCUACUAGGCACAAAUGAGGAGGUUAAACCAGCUCAGCAACAGCUUUUAAACAACCAACAAAACCAGAUGACUGAAAAAUGGGAAAGCCAAUUAGAAGAUUUCAGAGAGACCUUAGCAAAAAGGGAGCAAGAACUGAAUAAGAAAGAGGAUGAGUUUCAGAAACGAGAGGAAAAUAUUAGGAGUUCAGAAAUAUAUUUGGAAAAGCGAGAGAUAAUUGUACAGAAAAGGGAAAAAGAGGUACAAAUGAGCAAAGAGCAAAAUGACACCAUGAUAAAUGAUCUUAAGACAAAGCAAGAAAAACUUGAAGAAAUGAAUCAUUCUUUAGAAACCAAACAGCUUAAAUUAUGUGACCUGGAGAAAGAAAUUAACAUCAGAGAGAACAGCAUCACAAACAAAGAACAAGACCUGAGUAAGCGAUAUAAAGAAUUGGAUAUAAAGAAGCACAACAUAGAAAAACGUGAACUACAUCUAAGGUCGAGAGAUCAAGCAUUCAAGAAAACAGAACAAGAGUUGAAUGAACUCAAUGUAACACUUGAAUCCAAGAAGAAAUAUCUGGAAAAUCAUACAGCAGAAUUAGAGAGCCAGAAAAGUGAGAUAAACAUUGAGAAACAAAUGUUGCAGAUGAAGUCCUUGCAAUUGGAAAAGUGGGGGAAAUAUCUGUAUAACAAGGAGCUUAAAAUGAUCAAAAUUAAUCCCAGUCUUGAUUUUAAACCAUGGUCACAUAAAUGUGAAACAAUGUGCCAAGAGGUUGGAAUCAAUAGUAGAACCUAUGAUGGAGAAAAUGGAAAUUACAGUGCAGCAGAGGAUGACCACAGUGUGGAAAUGGAUUCAUCAUCUGAAAUCACAUACAGUGAGAAAGAGGAAUUAGCAUGCUCAGUUAAAAGCAGUGGACCAGAGGAUAAGAUGGAACCACAAAGGAAUGGAGCAAACAGACAGGCAACAGGCACAAUUAAUAAGGAGGUUGAAACUGAGGAAUUCUUUGAACCAGCCAGUUCUGAUGGCCAGGAGGCUCAAGGUUUAUUCUACCCACUUACUGAACUCAAGUUGAUGCUCAUAGGAGAAGCUUGGUCAUCACGCCAGUCAGCUACACACACCAUACUGGGGCAAGAUGUCAAGGUUGGCAACCUAUGGAGAGGAAACAUAUCUGGAAAACCCUUACUAGUUGUGGAGCCCCAUGGGAUAAAAUGGAGAUGUUCCAGAGAAAUAAAUAUGAAUUUUCAAAAGGAUCUCAUGCACAGUGUUUCUCUGUGCACACCUGGACCUCAUGCCUUCAUUCUACUUCUGCCUGCUUAUUUAACCUUCACAAGUCAGUACAGGAAAGCAGUGGAGUGCACAAUGGCCACACUGGGGGAGGCUGCAUGGAGGCAUACUCUUGUUCUGUUUACAUGGGCAGAGGCUCUUGGAGAAAGUGGACAACAACACAUAAAGAGGAAUGGAGACUUGGAAUGGCUCAUUCAAAAAUGUGGAGGUAGAUAUCAUGUGCUGGAUAACAGACAUAGGGAAGCUCAUGUAGUAGAACUUUUGGACAUGAUUUAUGAGCUGGUUGCAGCAAACCAUGGACAUUAUUACCAAGCACGGUGACUUAAAUUAUUGUCACCACAAUGACACCAAAUUAAAUAUAUUCCGGGUUGAAAAAACAUUUGUAAAGAUAUUAGCAGCCAAAUAAGGUGUAAAAUCAGGAUCUGUGUUUUCAUGUAUUUUGUAUUUGUUAAUAAAUAAAUGAGUACUG